CAUUGUGGCGUCGCCUUGAGCAGAGCAAAACUACAGAGUGGCAGUAGAGUCUUCAAUGCUACUAAAUAUUCACCUACAUGAAGUCACCCUGAAUGACCCAGUGACACAUUAGGACUCCCGUCCAGGCAUCAAACUGAAGGGGAGAUCAUGAAGGAAAUGAAGAAGAGACGCUUCAGUUUAUUUCCCAACCUGAAGUUUGGAAAUGACUCCAGCUUUUCGCAAAGCAUCGAAGAAGAUGAUAAUUCAUUUCCCUUUGCCCUAGACAGCUCCGUUAAGCAAUGGAAUUCCAUGAAGGAACUAGGGGAGCUUCGCAGCAAUGCAGACAAUGAAGAAGAACAUAUUGAAGAUUGUGGUGGCCAUGGCCAACGAUGGUCCCUGAGAGGAAAGGUCGCAAUGCUAAAGCUUAACAUUGGUGGCAGGUUGUUUCAGAUUGCCACUAAGGUGGCUGCCCGCUACCCUUAUACUCGUAUUGGAAAGCUGGCGCUUUGUCCGGACCCCAUAAAGAAGCUUUCGUUGUGUGAUGACUAUUCCGUUCUCACCAAUGAAUAUUUUUUUGACCGGGAUCCCACUCUAUUUCACUACAUUUUCCACUUCUACCGAAGUGGGAUUUUGUGGGUCAUGCAAGAGCUGUGCCCGAUGAAUUUUGAAGAAGAGAUCCAAUACUGGGGUCUGCGCAUGAGGGACAUGCACCGCUGCUGCCGGAUUCUCUUUGAGGAGAAGCAGGAUGAGCUGAAUGACUAUCUAAAGGUUCAAAGGGAGCUAUUGGCACAAAUUGAACCCGAGCACAAGGAAGAGCACUUUGAGGGUAUGUUUCUAGGUGAAUUACGGAAAAACGUCUGGAAUUUGAUGGAAAACCCUUACUGCUCCAUCCAGGCCAAAGUGUUUGCCGUCUUUUCCAGCAUUUUUGUGCUCAUCUCCAUUGUGGCUAUGACUCUCAACACGGUGGACGACCUACGUUACACGACCUCCAGUGGAAAGACUUAUAUGGAGCAUAUAGAAACAUUUUGCAUCCUAUUCUUUACCACGGAGUAUUUCCUGCGUUUGCUUUGUACCUGUAACAUUAAGCACUUCUUGCGCAGUGCUCUCAAUUUUGUGGACCUGCUGGCCAUCAUGCCGUACUUUGUCCAGGUCAUGUUUGAGUGGUUCGCCAACCACGAUAACUCGAACUAUGAAGAGGACUUGCAGGCCAUGCAGAGGGUCAGUAAGCUCAGCAAAGUUCUGAAGGUGAUUCGCCUGAUGCGCAUCUUCCGUAUCCUCAAGCUAGCUCGCCACUCCACGGGACUGCGGGCGUUUGGCUUCACCAUUCGACAGUGUUAUCAGCAGGUCUGCUGUCUCUUUUUGUUCAUCGGAAUGGGAAUCUUCACUUUUUCAGCUCUCAUGCAUUCAGUGGAGCACGAUGUCCCAGGUACUCCUUUCAGCAGCAUCCCAGAUGCCUGGUGGUGGGCAGCGGUGAGCAUCUCCACUGUGGGCUACGGCGAUACAGUUCCCGAAUCGGUACUGGGUCGAUUUGUCGCUUUUGGAUGCAUCUCUUUUGGGAUCAUUCUCAACGGCAUGCCAAUCUCCAUCCUUUUCAAUAAGUUUUCAGACUACUAUGCGAAGCUGAAGGAACAGGAGGGUGACACUGCUGUGAAGCUUCGUGGCAAGGUGCGUUUGAGGCAAAGAGCCCUGCGAAAACUGUCAGAGUGCUGCACCCAAUAUGUUACCACCAGCUCCGGAGAGGCGUCCACCAGAUCCACACAAAGGUUAUCGUAAAUGUAGGAGUAAAGAAGAGGGGGGAAAACAUAGUAGCCCAUAGUAAUUAUCACUUUGAAGGAUUUAAUAUGACAUGAUUCACUUCGUUGGUGGAAGACGGUCAAAGCUUUCUCGAUAUUUGAAUGUUUAUGUGAUGCAAAAAAGGAUGAGGGCUCAUUUUGCAAAUCCUAGGGCAACGUGGUGGUGAAAUGUAUUGAAUAUUCACUGAAUUUUAUCACUGUGGUCUGUGUAUUUAAUAAGCUUUGCUUUUGUUCAUGCUUAUUAUUAUGUUGCAUUGCUUGCAUUUCUUUUUUAUAUAUCUAUAUCUUAUACUGUAAAUUAUACUGUGCAUUCUUGCUUUUUUGCUUUCUCUGUAUGGAACGAAGAGUCGAAUACGGGUUGAAAGUUUGGGUGAAACAACCCAGUAAUCCCCAUUUACGCA